CGAUGGCUCUCUACGAGCUCUUCUCUCACCCCGCCGAGCGCGGCUACCGCGCGGGCCUCUGCUCCAAGGCCGCGCUGUUCCUGCUGCUGGCCGCCGUGCUCACCUACAUCCCGCCGCUGCUGGUGGCCUUCCGGAGCCACGGCUUCUGGCCCAAGCGCAGCAGCUACGAGGAGCAGCCGAGCGUGCGCUUCCAGCACCAGGUGCUGCUCGUGGCCCUGCUGGCGCCCGGCAGCGACGGCUUCCUGGCCUGGAGCACGUUUCCCGCCUUCAACCGCCUGCAGGGCGAUCACCUGCGCAUCCCGCUCGUCUCGGCCAGAGAAGAGGACCGGAACCAGGACGGGAAGCCCGACGUGCUGCACUUUAGGCUGGAGCUGCCGCUGCGGGCGACAGAGCACGUGUUGGGCGUGCAGCUCAUCCUGACGUUCUCCUACCAGUUGCACAGGAUGUCCACGCUGGUGAUGCAGAGCAUGGCUUACCUGCAGUCGUCCUUCGCCGUGCCGGGCUCCCAGGUCUACGUGAACGGAGAGCUGAGACUCCAGCAGAAGCAGCCACUCGGCUCCAGCGGCCUGGACACGCGCUACAACGUGUCAGUCAUUAACGGGACCAGCCCCUUUGCCUGGGAUUAUGACCUGACACGCAUUGUCGCUGCCUACCAGGAGAGGAAUGUCACCACUGUCCUGACCGUCCCCAACCCCGUCUGGCUGGUGGGCAGGGCCGCCGAGGCUCCGUUUGUGAUUGAUGCUGUGAUCCGGUACCCACUGGAAGUCAUCGAAUAUCCUUUCAGGUUCUGGGAAAUGAUCAAGUUCGCCUGGAUCCAGUAUGUCAGCAUCCUGCUCAUCUUUCUCUGGGUAUUUGAGAGAAUCAAGAGAUUUGUGUUUCAGAAUCAGGUGGUGACCACCGUCCCUGUCCCAGUCCUGUUACCCGGUGAGCUGCGGAAGGAGCACUUAGCCUGAGGACCCCUUGAGUGCACUGGGCAGGUCCUGCCUACCUCACCGUCCCUGGAGAACAGCCU